AGUCCUCCUUUUCUCCACACACGCUUCUAAGCCUCGGCACAUCUCCUCACAUCGCUACUAACUACACUUUAUUCAUCCUCCGUGUCAGGAUAAACUCCACUCCUCUCAGCCAAAUUUGGAGAUUAUUAGGCCUGCUUAGCUUGAUAGUUGUUUGAGCGCGCCAAUUAGCUUAGCAUGCUAGUUAACUUAGCUUGUUAGCCGCUAACAAAGAGACGCGGAUUUGAUCAACACAUCGCUUAGUUAAGAUCAAGUGUGAGUGUAAAGUGUUGUGAUUGUGUGAAAAUGUGCGAAAGAACGAUAGAAAAGUAUGAGGAGGAACUUUGUUGUGUGAAAAUGUGCGAAAGAACGAUAGCAGAGUACAAAGAGGAACUUUCUCGAACAAAAGAAGAGAACGAGAGACUACGUCAACUAUUGGAGGCUGUUUUCAAGAAAGCUCAAGUUGUGUUACACAGAACAGACGUCUGUGAAAAAUAUCGGCCACCUGAGCAGCAGGAAGGGUCCUCCAGUAUGAAGCAGAAGAAGUCACAGUACCUCCACGUGAAAGAAGAGGAGCCAAAGCCCCCCUACUUUAAAGUGGAGGAAAAACAGCGGCUGUCCCCCCACUUCAUAAAGGAAGAGAAGAGACACCUCGUCAGUGUGAAGAGUGAAGAUGAUGAGGUCAAAGGUGAGUGUGUGGAGAAGAGAGAGGCGGAGCCUCCAAGCAGCAGUUUAGCAGAAGCUGAUGGAGACCACUGUGGAGGAUCACAAGCAGACAAGCUCUUAGCUCCACUAUCAGAUAGUGAGGACACAACGUCACACUCUCCUGACACUGAUGAUGAAGACUCUAAAGAUGAUAAGACAUGUCACACUGACAACACUCACUUCACAUCUUCUCUCUGUCACAAAACUUUUAAAGACCAUUGUCAUCUAAAAACACACAUGAGAACACACACCGGAGAAAAACCUUUUAUCUGUUCACUCUGUGGUAAAUGUUUUGCACGAAGUUCAAGUUUGGUAAAACACAUGAAAACACACACUGGUGAAAAACCUUUCUCUUGUUCAAUCUGUGGUAAAGGUUUUAGAGAAAGUCAACAUUUGAAAAGACACAUGAAAACACACACUGGUGAAAAACCUUUUUCCUGUUCAACCUGUGGUAAAAAUUAUACUCAAAGCCAUAAUUUGAAAACACACAUGAGAAUACACACUGGAGAAAAACCUUUUUCAUGUUCAAUCUGUGGUAAAAAUUUUACUCGAAGGCAAAAUUUUAAAACACACAUGACAAUACACACUGGAGAAAAACCUUUUUCAUGUUCAAUUUUUUGUCAAAAAUUUUACUCAAAGGCAAUCUUUGAAAAUACAUAUGAGAUUACACAAUGGAGAAAAAAAUGUUUCCUGCUCAGACUGUGGUAAAAGUAUUGUAAUAAAUCAAAGUUAAAAAUUACAUAUGAGAACACACACUGGAGAAAAACCUCUUUCAUGUUCAAUCCGCGGUAAAGAUUUUACUCAAAGGCAAAAUUUCAAAACACACAUGACAAUACACACUGGAGAAAAACUUUUUCCUGCUCAUAACGUGGUAAAAAUUUUACUCGAAGGCAAAAUUUUAAAACACACAUGACAAUACACACUGGAGAAAAACCUUUUUCAUGUUCAAUUUGUGUUUAAAAUUUUACUUAAAGGCAAUGUUUUUAAAGUACAUGUGAGAUUACACAAUGGAGAAAAAAAAUUCUGCUCAGAAUGUGGUAAAAGUAUUGUAAUAAAUCAAAGUUUAAAAGUACAUAUGAGAACACACACUGGAGUAAAACCUUUUUCAUGUUCAAUCUGUGGUAAAAAAUUUACUCGAAGGCAAAAUUUUAAAACACACAUGACAAUACACACUGGAGAAAAAACCUUUUUCAUGUUCAAUUUGUGUUAAAAUUUUACUCAAAGGCAAUUUUUGAAAGUACAUAUGAGAUUACCACUGGAGAAAAUAAAAUUUCCUGCUCAGAAUGUGGUAAAAGUUUUGUAAUAAAUCAAAGUUUAAAAGUACAUAUGAGAACACACACUGGAGAAAAACCUUUUUCAUGUUCAAUCUGCGGUAAAGAUUUUACCCAAAAGAAGCAUUUCAAAGCACACAUGAGAAUACACACUGGAGGAAAACCUUUUUCAUGUUCAAUCUGUGGUAAAAAAUCUAUUCGAAGGCAAAAUUUAAAAACACACAUGACAAUACACACUGGAGAAAAACCUUGUUCCUUCUCAUAAUGUGGUAAAAGUUUUGUCAUAAGACAAAGUUUAAAAGUAAAAAUGAGAACACACUCUGGUGAAAAACCUUUCAUAUGUUCAGUAUGUUGUAAAAGUUAUAUAGAAAGACGACAAUUAAAAUUACACAUGAUAUAGCACUCUGGUGAAAAACCAUACUCCUGUUCAAGCUGCGAUAAAAGCUUUGGUCACCUAAACACUCUUACAGUGCAUAUGAGAACACACCCAUGUGAGAAAGUGUUGAGUUGCAGUGUGUGUGGUGAAAGAUUGUCUUCUAAGUACCAGUGUAAGAAACACAAGUGUGCUGGUGAGAACAGCAGCAGCAAAUGAAACUGCAGGAUUUGAAAUAAACUGUCCAGACUUUCAUUUUGACUUUCUAACAACAUCAGCACAUAUAACAUGUGUGACAUUGUUGUUUGUCUAACAAUCUGUUUAAUAUGAUUCUAACAUUUAUAGAUUAGAGCAGGGGUGUGCAUUAUGUCGAUCGCGAUCGACUGGUCGAUCUCGGAGGGUGUGUCAGUCGAUCUCAAGCCAGGCAUUAAAAAAUGUACAUAAAAAUGAGCAAUCAUCAAUCAUACCAAGACUUCACUUUCGUCAGUUGUUUGACAUUCUCGGCACCCGAGGAUCUUGUGAGAUGACGCUGGCUGCUGCGAGCUCAUAUUCAAGAAAAAAAUCACUAACAGGGCGGACGCAGAGAAACACAUUUUAUUUCUAGAGACUCCGUACCUACUGUCAAAACUCUAAAGACCGACAGCACAGUUCCUGUCUUCACCAUAAAAGACCUGUUUCAUCCUGCCUGAGCUAACAAAAUAAGAGUCUCAGAAAGCUAGCGUGCACAAGCUAGCAAGCUACGGAGUUUGAUGCCAAUGUAUUUCUCCCCCGCCCUCAGCGA